UUCGCGAUGAAGUAUUCCCGAAGCAAAAGAAGUUACAUUCCCGAAUCAUCCCUCCCGUCAGAUUGCAAAUCUCCCACUCUUAUUCGCUUCCUUCUCUUCUCUGCUCUGCUCUCCUUUAAUGGUCAAUCCGCAAGCCAUCCGCAUCGACUCAGCUGGGCUACACCCCCGCCGUCGCCGUCGAGAGAAUCCGGAGUUCCAAGGUCUCCAAACCCGCCCUUAAAUCUCUGGCUUCUUUGAACAAGGCCGAGACCUCCACCGCCGCCGCUCUUAGAGACCUCGGACGGGGCAUGGACGACCGGGUGCGGCAGGAGGGCCGCGUCCCACUCAAGGAAGUGGUGGCGGACUGCACCCGGCGGUGGUUCCAGGACGCGCUCAAGGAGGCCAGGGCCGGCGACGCGGGGAUGCAGGUCCUCGUCGGUCAGAUGUACCACAGCGGCUAUGGUGUCCUGAAGAACGACCAAAAGGCCGAUGCUUGGAUUGCCAAAGCAUCAAAGUACCGUUCAUCGGUUUGGAGGGUUAGCGACAAGCGUCCAGGUUACAAUGCCAGUGACUCGGAUUCUGAUGAUAAUGAGAAGAUUGUUAUGAAAUCAUGAUCAGAGAUUAAACUUGGCCACAAGUAGAUAUGGCAAUUCUUGCAAGAACAUCUUAUUCCAGUCAGAAGCAUCCUUAAUAGCUUAGUUUUCUUGCAUGAGAUGGUGAAUAUCUGAAGAUUCCAUGCUGUAUAGAUAAGCUUAGCAACAUGAAAGGCCCAAGGAUGUUUUCUGCAAUAAUUGCAGUGAAUGGAUACCUUAGAACAUGAUUUCAUGUGAUUGCCUUCAGCAAGGUUUGUGAUUAGAUCUGUGUGAUCUAUUAGGUUGCGAAAAAAACAGAUGUGCCAGCUAGCAACACAUUCUUCUGUCUAGCUG